AGAGAAGAUGGCGGAAGCGGAAUUUAAGGAUCACAGCACAGCCAUGGACAGUGAACCAAACCAUGGAGCAUCUUCUGUGUCAACAACAGCUAGUAGCACUACCACCACGACCAUCACCACUUCCUCUUCCCGAAUGCAGCAACCACAGAUCUCUGUCUACAGUGGUUCCGACCGGCAUGCUGUGCAGGUGAUUCAGCAGGCCUUGCACCGCCCCCCCAGCUCGGCUGCUCAGUACCUGCAGCAGAUGUACGCAGCCCAACAGCAGCACUUGAUGCUGCACACUGCGGCUCUCCAGCAACAGCACCUGAGCGGCUCCCAGCUUCAGAGCCUUGCAGCUGUUCAGGCAAGUCUGUCCAGUGGAAGACCGUCUACUUCCCCCACAGGAAGUGUCACACAGCAGUCGAGUAUGUCCCAGACAUCUAUCAACCUCUCCACUUCUCCUACACCUGCACAGUUAAUAAGCCGUUCCCAGGCUUCCAGUUCCACCAGCGGCAGUAUUACCCAGCAGACCAUGUUACUGGGGAGCACCUCCCCUACCCUGACAGCCAGCCAAGCUCAGAUGUACCUCCGAGCUCAGAUGCUGAUUUUCACCCCCGCUACCACUGUGGCCGCUGUCCAGUCUGACAUUCCUGUUGUCUCGUCGUCAUCCUGUCAGUCUGCAGCUACUCAGGUUCAGAAUUUAACAUUACGCAGCCAGAAGUUGGGUGUAUUAUCUAGCUCACAGAAUGGUCCACCAAAAAGCAUUGGUCAAACUCAGUCAUUGACAAUUUGUCAUAACAAAACAACUGUGACCAGUUCUAAAAUCAGCCAACGAGAUCCUUCUCCAGAAAGUAAUAAGAAAGGAGAAAGCGCAAGUCUGGAGUCACGAAGCACAGCUGUCACCCGAACAUCGAGUAUUCACCAGUUAAUAGCACCAGCUUCAUAUUCUCCAAUUCAACCUCAUUCUCUAAUAAAACAUCAACAAAUUCCUCUUCAUUCACCACCUCCCAAGGUUUCCCACCAUCAAUUGAUAUUACAGCAGCAGCAACAGCAACUUCAACCAAUCACCCUUCAGAAUCCAGCUCAAGACCCACCCCCCUCCCAGCACUGUCUGCCUCUCCAGAACCACAGCCUCCCUCCAGCGCCCAGUAAUGCCCAGUCCCAGCAUUGCUCGCCUAUCCACAGCCACCCUCCUGCUUUACCCGUGUCCCCCAGCCCGUCACAGUCCGCACAGCAGUCCGUCGUCGUGUCACCUCCACCACCUCACUCCCCGAGUCAGUCUCCGACUAUAAUAAUCCACCCACAAGCACUUAUUCAGCCACAUCCUCUUGUGUCCUCAGCUCUCCAGCCGGGGCCAAGCUUGCAGCAGUCCGCGGCCAAUCCAGUGCAAGCGACAGCGCAGCUCAGUCUUCCCUCCCAUCUUCCCCUUCCAACGUCCCCUGUUGUGCACAUUGGCCCAGUUCAGCAGUCGGCCCUGGUGUCCCCAGGCCAGCAGAUUGUGUCUCCGACAUCACACCAGCAAUACUCAGCCCUGCAGUCCUCUCCAAUCCCAAUUGCAACCCCUCCACAGAUGUCAACAUCUCCUCCAGUUCCACCACUACCCUUGCAGUCUAUGCAAUCUUUACAAGUGCAGCCUGAAAUUCUGUCCCAGGGCCAGGUUUUGGUGCAGAAUGCCUUGGUGUCAGAAGAGGAGCUUCCAGCUGCAGAAGCUUUGGUCCAGUUGCCAUUUCAGACUCUCCCUCCUCCACAGACUGUUGCGGUAAACCUGCAAGUCCAGCCACCAGCACCUGUUGACCCACCAGUGGUUUAUCAAGUAGAAGAUGUGUGUGAAGAAGAAAUGCCUGAAGAAGCAGAUGAGUGUGUCAGGAUGGACAGAACCCCGCCGCCACCUACCUUGUCCCCAGCGGCUAUCACCGUCGGGAGAGAAGACUUAAGUGCUGAACAUCCCUUGUUAGAGCAAGUGGACUUACCCACUGUGGCGUCUGUCAGCGCGUCGGUAAUCAAGUCUCCGUCAGAUCCCUCACACGCCUGCGUUCCUCCACCUCCACUCUUACUUCCAGCAGCGGCCACACGCAACGCGAGUACAUCUAUGCCCAGUAGCCUUCCCAGCAUAGAAAACAAACCUCCACAGGCUAUUGUGAAGCCACAGAUCUUGACCCAUGUGAUUGAAGGCUUUGUGAUUCAGGAGGGCUUGGAACCAUUUCCUGUGAGUCGCUCAUCUUUACUAAUAGAGCAGCCUGUGAAAAAAAGGCCUCUUUUGGAUAAUCAGGUGAUAAAUUCUGUGUGUGUCCAGCCGGAGCUACAGAACAAUACGAAGCAUGCGGAUAAUUCUUCUGACACGGAGAUGGAAGACAUGACCGCGGAAGAGACAUUGGAAGAAAUGGACAGUGAGUUGCUCAAGUGUGAAUUCUGUGGGAAGAUGGGAUAUGCUAAUGAGUUUCUGCGGUCAAAGCGAUUCUGCACUAUGUCAUGUGCCAAAAGGUACAAUGUUAGCUGUUCUAAAAAGUUUGCACUUAGCCGCUGGAACCGUAAGCCCGAUAACCAGAGCCUUGGCCAUCGUGGCCGUCGUCCGAGUGGCCCUGACGGAGCAGCACGAGAACAUCUCCUCAGGCAGCUUCCAAUUACUUAUCCAUCUGCAGAAGAAGACUUAGCUUCUCACGAAGAUUCCGUGCCAUCUGCUAUGACAACUCGUUUACGCAGGCAGAGCGAACGGGAGAGAGAGCGUGAGCUUCGGGACGGGAGGAUUCGGAAGAUGCCCGAGAACAGUGACUUGUUACCUGUCGCACAGACAGAGCCAUCAAUCUGGACCAUCGACGACGUCUGGGCCUUCAUCCACUCGCUGCCUGGAUGCCAGGAUAUUGCCGAUGAGUUCCGAGCCCAGGAGAUUGACGGGCAGGCCUUACUUCUCCUGAAAGAAGACCACCUCAUGAGUGCCAUGAACAUCAAGCUGGGGCCAGCCCUGAAGAUCUGCGCGCGCAUCAACUCUCUGAAGGAGUCCUAACAGGAAGUGGGGACCCUGCAGGAACCACAGUCUUGCACCUCUCAGACAGACUUGUGAGGUAAAGGUCCACGUCGGCCGAGAACAUCACACCUA